UGACCAGCCAACCACAUGGCUGGAAUUCAGGGACUUCUCGGUGGUGCAAUUACUAGCUAGCUUCAGGGUACUCUGGUAAACUCUGAUCUGGGGAGGAACUAAAACUAUUAGAGAUCCAGGCAGUUUUUUUCCCUUGAGAAACGACCCAAGGCACCACGAUAGAGUCUUCUACUUCUUCCUCAGCUACCUGCAGAAAAAUCUGGAAGAAUCAUCAGGUCAUGAACCCCAGAGCUCCAAAUGGGAUCCUUCAUAGAAAAGAGAAAAUGGCAGCCCAGCCCUUCUCUAGGCUAUGGAGAGUCUCUGAUCCAACUCUGUUCCAAAUGACCUUGGUCGCUACUCUCAUGGCUACUGUUCUUGGAGAUUGUGGUCCCCCACCGAAUCUAUACUUUGCUUCUUUAACAACUGAGUUGAAUGAGACACACUUCAACCAUGGAACUGUCCUGAAAUACAUCUGCCGUCCUGGCUACAGUAAGGUUAAUUUUGCAAGUCAGGUUGUUAUCUGUCAACGUAACACAUGGAGAUACAAUGAAUUCUGUGUCAAGAAACGAUGCAGAAACCCAGGAGAAUUACAAAAUGGCAAAGUGAUAUCUAAGACAGAUCAUUUCUUUGGAUCAUACUUAGAAUUCGUUUGUUCAGAAGGAUAUAUUUUAAUUGGCCCAGCCACUAGUUAUUGUGAGAUCCAAGAUAAAGGAGUUGAUUGGAGUGAUCCUCUCCCACAAUGUAUAAUUGCUAAAUGCAAGCCUCCUCCAGACAUCAGCAAUGGGAGGCACAGCGGUGGAGAUGAAGAUUUCUACACAUAUGGCUCUUCUGUCACCUACAGAUGUGACCCCAACUUCUCAUUGAUAGGCAAAGCCUCCAUUUCUUGCACAGUGGAAAAUAAGACAGUAGGUGUCUGGAACCCAAGUCCUCCUACUUGUAAAAAAAUCAUCUGUCCUAAGCCAGAGGUUAAAAAUGGAAACGUAAUCUCUGGAUUUAGAACCAUCUAUACUUACCAAAACUCCAUGAUAUUUGACUGCAAGGAAGGUUUUAUUCUCAAAGGAAGCAGUUUAAUCCAUUGUGGAGAAAAUAAUGACUGGGAUCCUCCUCCUCCCAUUUGUGAGCUCAAUAGUUGUACUGACUUACCGAACAUCCCAAAUGCCUACUGGGAAAGAUACAACAACCAGGUGCCGACAAAAGAGCGAAUAUAUAAUAUUGGAACUGUGUUGAGGUACAAGUGUUAUUCUGGCUAUGAACCUGCUUCGGAUGGGCCUACCAGUGUGACUUGUCAGAGAAAUCUGACUUGGACCCCACACAUAGGAUGUAAGGAGAUGUGUUGCCCAAUACCAGACCUGGAGAAUGGUGAAAUCAUUUCAAAAAGCACUAGGUCUGUGAAUAGCUGUGCUUAUUUCUACAGAGACACAGUUUUUUAUAUGUGUUAUAAGAAAUCUCAGUUUGAAGCUAGGUGCCAAGAAGAUGGCACGUGGCAUCCCAAAACACCAUCAUGUGGUGAGGAUUGUGAUUUUCCUCCUGAAGUUGCCCAUGGAUAUUAUGAAGAAGUUGAAAGAUUCCGUGUAUUCAUACAAAAGGAAGUGAUAUAUAAAUGUGACAAAGGAUACACUCUGGUUGGAGAGUCCAGACUUUCUUGCAGUUCUUCACACUGGACACCUGCACUCCCUCAAUGUAAAGCUCUGUGUCCAAAACCAGAUAUAGCCCAUGCAAAGCUGUCCGUGGAUAAGGAUCAAUAUCUUCAAACUGCAAAUCUUACCAUCCAGUGUGACUCUGGCUAUAAAUUGGAUGGUCCCCAAAAUAUCACUUGCUUAGAGGACAGAACCUGGCACCCUGGGGUGCCCAAGUGCGAGUGGGUGAUCCCUGAAGGCUGUGAACAUGUCCAGAAAGGCAGAACGGCCAUGCACUGUCUCCCCAACCCAGAAGAUGUGAAAAUGGCCAUGGAGCUGUAUAAAUUGUCUUUGGAGAUUGAACUACUGGAACUACAGAGAGACAAGGCAAAGAAAUAUACUGUGGAGUCACCACUAUAA